UACCAUGCAAGAACAAAUCAUCGAAAAUACUUUCAGCUCUUUGACAAUGGAUACAAUAUCAUCCGGCGAUAGCAAUGAUAGCAGCUUCGCAUCACCAUCGACAUCGCCACCUACAUACGCCGAGCUCACACCCGCGGUCAAUUACGGUUUCGACCACUGCAAUAUCAGUUACGAUCACGGCAACAUAACUACCAACAAUAACAGCAAAAUAGGUUACGAAGACGGCAACGGUCAUCAUCAAUAUGAUCACGUUCCACUGAGCACCGCGCACCUCCUCGACAUCCUAUCGACGGCGGACGUCGGCGAUGACGGAGAUUUCAGAACUGACAACGGCGAGGAGCUCGACGAGGGCAGCGAACUGGCGGCAUAUCUCUUCCAGAACUCGGAAUGGGUAACGAAUAACCAGACUUUAAAUAUUCCAAAUAAUCAAACUAAUCAUCAGUAUUUUCCGACAUUGAGUGACACACCACAAUUUCAGAGUUGUUGCCAGAAUGGUCCGUCAGGCUAUUCGUCGUUCAGUAACGGCUAUUCUCAUUCGGACACCCAGACCUUGCCAAAUGUUCCAUAUUUCGGACAUAACGACUACCAACAUCCACAAGUAUCCACCCAAACGAACGGAACGUAUCCAAAUCAGGCUCAGUCGAACAGCGAGCACCGUCCACCUUUUCAAACACACAUACUGCCGAGAACCAGAGCAAAGACAACCACGAAACCUCGACGUCGUGUCGUCACCGUCGCUCAGCGGAAAGCCGCCAACGUCCGAGAAAGACGGCGGAUGUUUGGUCUUAACGACGCCUUUGAUAAGCUUCGUAAAGAGGUGCCGAAGUUCAAGCACGAGAAGCGACUAUCUCGAAUCGAGACUCUACGACUAGCUAUUCUCUACAUCGGGUUCCUAAACGACAUCGUCACACGAAAGAGCGUCAACCAUGAAAGUGAAGUUGACAAUGCCAGUGGUUAA